AAUGUUUGUUCACAAUACCACAUCAAUACAAUCCCAUAAAAACUCCUAAUACUUGCUUAAGCAUAUAACUCUAAGUCAGCAGCAUGAGCUUCCCCAAAAGCCUUACCAUUUUAUUCCCUCUCCUCUUCACCCUAUUGAUCCCCUUCACCAAUGCAGCUACCUUUGCUGUCCUAAACAAAUGUACCUACACGGUUUGGGCCGCUGCCUCACCCGGUGGGGGUAUGCAUCUUGACCCAGGCCAGUCUUGGACCGUCAAUGUGAACCCGGGUACAACCCAAGCUCGCAUUUGGGGCCGGACCAACUGCAACUUCGAUGCCAAUGGCAAUGGCCAAUGUCAGACCGGGGACUGCAAUGGGCUCCUCCAGUGCCAAGGCUACGGUAAGGCCCCAAAUACCCUAGCUGAAUUCGCGUUGAACCAGCCCAAUAACUUGGACUUUGUUGACAUAUCCAACGUUGAUGGAUUCAACAUUCCGAUGGACUUUAGCCCCACCACUGCGGUCUGCAAGUCACUCCGGUGCGCUGCUAACAUAGUUGGCGAGUGCCCAGCCGAGUUGCAGACCCCGGGUGGGUGCAACAACCCAUGUACCGUUUACAAGACCAAUCAAUAUUGUUGCACUGAUGGGCCUGGGACCUGUGGGCCUACACCUUUGUCCAAGUUCUUCAAGGAUAGGUGCCCAGAUGCUUAUAGCUAUCCUCAGGAUGAUCCAACCAGUUUGUUCACUUGCCCCGCUGGUACCAAUUAUGCUAUUACCUUCUGCCCUUGAGGCCUCUUUUUCACUCCCUUCCCUCUCUUUAUAAUUAUAGGACAGUGUUAUAAGUACAAUAAGACCUCACUAGUUUCAAUCUUUUGUGAGAUUCAGACACUGUUGUUUAAUAAAUUUGUGCACAUUUAGUGUUGUCCACAAAGUCUGUUUUGUCAUAUGCUAUUGUUUUUAGUCGCUUGUAAUUCGAUAUCUAGGCUAAGAAAGAAUGAAUAUACAUAUGAAAAUUAUGAUUACAACU